CCUCCCAAAUUUCAAAUUUUGGCAACAGAUCUACUUGAUCCGACUCAUAGAGGAUCAUGCGUGUCUAUUUCGUCGCGGUUUUGGCCGGUAUUCUGGCCCUCGCAGCGGCCCAAUCUCAAUCUUCGACGGUAACGGAAGUGGCUAUCCAGGAUACUAAGCCCCAGUCCAGCCCGUGUUGUGAAAGUGUUAGACAAACCCUAAUCGAAAUAAGAAAGGAUAUCCGCCUGUGGCUCCUCGACAGGCUUUUUGGAAAACUGAUUCUCCUGCACGACGGUGAACUGCUAGGAAAUCCAAACUAUGUGAAUUGUGCUAACGCGAAAGAACAGCAUCAGCUAACCGACGAGAGCUCGACCAUAUUUGAUCAAUUGGAUAAUCAUCACAGUCACUCCACCACUACUGGUAGCCACGAAACACAAAACGAUGGUCUGCCGAGUCAGUCUACGACAAUCUCUUCAGAAGAGAUUCAAUCGACCACCUCUUCUGAUCCCGUUGAGGGCAGCUCCUCGAAUGGUAAUGAAAGCUCUAGCCAGUCAUCCACUACCACAACAACCACCACAACUUCUUCGGAUGAUGGACAAUCCACAACCGCUUCUGAUCCCGUUGUAGAGGUAACCUCAGGCAGCUCCUCAAACGGAAAUGGCAGCUCUAGCCAGUCAUCCACUACCACGACUACCACCACAACUUCUUCAGAUGAUGGACAAUCCACAACCGCUUCUGAUCCUGUUGUGGAAGAGACUUCCGGCAGCUCCUCGAACGGAAAUGGCAGCUCUAGCCAGUCAUCCACUACCACGACUACCACCACAACUUCUUCGCAUGAUGGACAAUCCACAACCGCUUCUGAUCCUGUUGUUGAGGAGACUUCCGGCAGCUCCUCGAACGGAAAUGGCACCUCUAGCCAGUCAUCCACUACCACGACUACCACCACAACUUCUUCGGAUGAUGGACAAUCCACAACCUCCUCUGAUCCCGUUGUAGAGGUAACCUCCGGCAGCUCCUCAAACGGAAAUGGUAGCUCUAGCCAGUCAUCCACUACCACGACUACCACCACAACUUCUUCAGAUGAUGGACAAUCCACAACCGCUUCUGAUCCUGUUGUUGAGGAGACUUCCGGCAGCUCCUCGAACGGAAAUGGCACCUCUAGCCAGUCAUCCACUACCACGACUACCACCACAACUUCUUCGGAUGAUGGACAAUCCACAACCUCCUCUGAUCCCGUUGUAGAGGUAACCUCCGGCAGCUCCUCAAACGGAAAUGGCAGCUCUAGCCAGUCAUCCACUACCACGACUACCACCACAACUUCUUCGGAUGAUGGACAAUCCACAACCUCCUCUGAUCCCGUUGUAGAGGUAACCUUAGGCAGCUCCUCAAACGGAAAUGGCAGCUCUAGCCAGUCAUCCACUACCACGACUACCACCACAACUUCUUCAGAUGAUGGACAAUCCACAACCGCUUCUGAUCCUGUUGUGGAAGAGACUUCCGGCAGCUCCUCGAACGGAAAUAGCAGCUCUAGCCAGUCAUCCACUACCACGACUACCACCACAACUUCUUCGGAUGAUGGACAAUCCACAACCGCUUCUGAUCCUGUUGUGGAAGAGACUUCCGGCAGCUCCUCGAACGGAAAUGGCACCUCUAGCCAGUCAUCCACUACCACGACUACCACCACAAAUUCUUCGGAUGAUGGACAAUCCACAACCGCUUCUGAUCCUGUUGUGGAAGAGACUUCCGGCAGCUCCUCGAACGGAAAUGGCAGCUCUAGCCAGUCAUCCACUACCACGACUACCACCACAACUUCUUCGGAUGAUGGACAAUCCACAACCUCCUCUGAUCCCGUUGUAGAGGUAACCUUAGGCAGCUCCUCAAACGGAAAUGGCAGCUCUAGCCAGUCAUCCACUACCACGACUACCACCACAACUUCUUCAGAUGAUGGACAAUCCACAACCGCUUCUGAUCCUGUUGUGGAAGAGACUUCCGGCAGCUCCUCGAACGGAAAUAGCAGCUCUAGCCAGUCAUCCACUACCACGACUACCACCACAACUUCUUCGGAUGAUGGACAAUCCACAACCGCUUCUGAUCCUGUUGUUGAGGAGACUUCCGGCAGCUCCUCGAACGGAAAUGGUAGCUCUGGCCAGUCAUCCACUACCACGACUACCACCACAACUUCUUCGGAUGAUGGACAAUCCACAACCGCUUCUGAUCCUGUUGUUGAGGAGACUUCCGGCAGCUCCUCGAACGGAAAUGGCACCUCUAGCCAGUCAUCCACUACCACGACUACCAACACAACUUCUUCGGAUGAUGGACAAUCCACAACCUCCUCUGAUCCCGUUGUAGAGGUAACCUCCGGCAGCUCCUCAAACGGAAAUGGCAGCUCUAGCCAGUCAUCCACUACCACGACUACCACCACAACUUCUUCGGAUGAUGGACAAUCCACAACCUCCUCUGAUCCCGUUGUAGAGGUAACCUUAGGCAGCUCCUCAAACGGAAAUGGCAGCUCUAGCCAGUCAUCCACUACCACGACUACCACCACAACUUCUUCAGAUGAUGGACAAUCCACAACCGCUUCUGAUCCUGUUGUGGAAGAGACUUCCGGCAGCUCCUCGAACGGAAAUAGCAGCUCUAGCCAGUCAUCCACUACCACGACUACCACCACAACUUCUUCGGAUGAUGGACAAUCCACAACCGCUUCUGAUCCUGUUGUGGAAGAGACUUCCGGCAGCUCCUCGAACGGAAAUGGCACCUCUAGCCAGUCAUCCACUACCACGACUACCACCACAACUUCUUCGGAUGAUGGACAAUCCACAACCGCUUCUGAUCCUGUUGUUGAGGAGACUUCCGGCAGCUCCUCGAACGGAAAUGGUAGCUCUAGCCAGUCAUCCACUACCACGACUACCACCACAACUUCUUCGGAUGAUGGACAAUCCACAACCGCUUCUGAUCCUGUUGUGGAAGAGACUUCCGGCAGCUCCUCGAACGGAAAUGGCAGCUCUAGCCAGUCAUCCACUACCACGACUACCACCACAACUUCUUCGGAUGAUGGACAAUCCACAACCGCUUCUGAUCCUGUUGUUGAGGAGACUUCCGGCAGCUCCUCGAACGGAAAUGGCAGCUCUAGCCAGUCAUCCACUACCACGACUACCACCACAACUUCUUCGGAUGAUGGACAAUCCACAACCGCUUCUGAUCCUGUUGUUGAGGAGACUUCCGGCAGCUCCUCGAACGGAAAUGGCACCUCUAGCCAGUCAUCCAGUACCACGACUACCACCACAACUUCUUCGGAUGAUGGACAAUCCACAACCUCCUCUGAUCCCGUUGUAGAGGUAACCUCAGGCAGCUCCUCAAACGGAAAUGGCAGCUCUAGCCAGUCAUCCACUACCACGACUACCACCACAACUUCUUCAGAUGAUGGACAAUCCAUAACAUCCUCUGAUCCCGUUGUAGAGGUAACCUCAGGCAGCUCCUCAAACGGAAAUGGCAGCUCUAGCCAGUCAUCCACUACCACGACUACCACCACAACUUCUUCGGAUGAUGGACAAUCCACAACCUCCUCUGAUCCCGUUGUAGAGGUAACCUCAGGCAGCUCCUCAAACGGAAAUGGCAGCUCUAGCCAGUCAUCCACUACCACGACUACCACCACAACUUCUUCGGAUGAUGGACAAUCCACAACCGCUUCUGAUCCUGUUGUGAAUGAGACUUCCGGCAGCUCCUCGAACGGAAAUGGCAGCUCUAGCCAGUCAUCCACUACCACGACUACCACCACAACUUCUUCGGAUGAUGGACAAUCCACAACCUCCUCUGAUCCCGUUGUAGAGGUAACCUCCGGCAGCUCCUCAAACGGAAAUGGCACCUCUAGCCAGUCAUCCAGUACCACGACUACCACCACAACUUCUUCGGAUGAUGGACAAUCCACAACCUCCUCUGAUCCCGUUGUAGAGGUAACCUCAGGCAGCUCCUCAAACGGAAAUGGCAGCUCUAGCCAGUCAUCCACUACCACGACUACCACCACAACUUCUUCGGAUGAUGGACAAUCCACAACCGCUUCUGAUCCUGUUGUGAAUGAGACUUCCGGCAGCUCCUCGAACGGAAAUGGCACCUCUAGCCAGUCAUCCACUACCACGACUACCACCACAACUUCUUCGGAUGAUGGACAAUCCAUAACAUCCUCUGAUCCCGUUGUAGAGGUAACCUCAGGCAGCUCCUCAAACGGAAAUGGCAGCUCUAGCCAGUCAUCCACUACCACGACUACCACCACAACUUCUUCGGAUGAUGGACAAUCCAUAACAUCCUCUGAUCCCGUUGUAGAGGUAACCUCAGGCAGCUCCUCAAACGGAAAUGGCAGCUCUAGCCAGUCAUCCACUACCACGACUACCACCACAACUUCUUCGGAUGAUGGACAAUCCACAACCGCUUCUGAUCCUGUUGUGAAUGAGACUUCCGGCAGCUCCUCGAACGGAAAUGGCACCUCUAGCCAGUCAUCCACUACCACGACUACCACCACAACUUCUUCGGAUGAUGGACAAUCCACAACCUCCUCUGAUCCCGUUGUAGAGGUAACCUCCGGCAGCUCCUCAAACGGAAAUGGCACCUCUAGCCAGUCAUCCAGUACCACGACUACCACCACAACUUCUUCGGAUGAUGGACAAUCCACAACCUCCUCUGAUCCCGUUGUAGAGGUAACCUCAGGCAGCUCCUCAAACGGAAAUGGCAGCUCUAGCCAGUCAUCCACUACCACGACUACCACCACAACUUCUUCGGAUGAUGGACAAUCCACAACCUCCUCUGAUCCCGUUGUAGAGGUAACCUCAGGCAGCUCCUCAAACGGAAAUGGCAGCUCUAGCCAGUCAUCCACUACCACGACUACCACCACAACUUCUUCAGAUGAUGGACAAUCCAUAACAUCCUCUGAUCCCGUUGUAGAGGUAACCUCAGGCAGCUCCUCAAACGGAAAUGGCAGCUCUAGCCAGUCAUCCACUACCACGACUACCACCACAACUUCUUCGGAUGAUGGACAAUCCACAACCUCCUCUGAUCCCGUUGUAGAGGUAACCCCCGGCAGCUCCUCGAACGGAAAUGGCAGCUCUAGCCAGUCAUCCACUACCACGACUACCACCACAACUUCUUCGGAUGAUGGACAAUCCACAACCGCUUCUGAUCCUGUUGUUGAGGAGACUUCCGGCAGCUCCUCGAACGGAAAUGGCACCUCUAGCCAGUCAUCCAGUACCACGACUACCACCACAACUUCUUCGGAUGAUGGACAAUCCACAACCUCCUCUGAUCCCGUUGUAGAGGUAACCUCCGGCAGCUCCUCAAACGGAAAUGGCAGCUCUAGCCAGUCAUCCACUACCACGACUACCACCACAACUUCUUCGGAUGAUGGACAAUCCACAACCGCUUCUGAUCCUGUUGUUGAGGAGACUUCCGGCAGCUCCUCGAACGGAAAUGGCAGCUCUAGCCAGUCAUCCACUACCACGACUACCACCACAACUUCUUCGGAUGAUGGACAAUCCACAACCGCUUCUGAUCCUGUUGUUGAGGAGACUUCCGGCAGCUCCUCGAACGGAAAUGGCAGCUCUAGCCAGUCUUCCACUACCACGACUACCACCACAACUUCUUCGGAUGAGGGACAAUCCACAAUCUCCUCUAAACCCGUUGUAACUCAAGGUGGCUCUUCGAAUAAUGGAAAAACUAUUAAGUCAUCGAAAACUACAAAAUAUACCGUAACUAAGGGCGGUAAAACAACUUCAACGACUACGGAAACUACGACGUACAUUUCGAAUUCGACGUCCAUCCCUUCUGUCAGUCAAACAAAAACGACCGUAACAUCUUCAAAUGAUGGUCAGUCCACGGUUUCUUCUGAUCCUGUUGUUGAAGUAACUCAGGGUAGCUCAUCAAAUGACAAUGGAAGCUCGGGAAAAUCGUCAUCAACUUCGACAACAACGACAACCACCACUUCCUCCGAUGAAGUCGAUCCUAUUUCUCAGGUAACUGUGGGUGGCUCUAAGAGUUCAGGCAAGAAAGUCAAGACAUCGAAGACAACGAACACAAGCACGACCACUAAGGGAAGCAAAAAAUCGCACUCUUCAAGAAAAGGAAGAAAAUCGACUACUACCACCACGAAAGUCACAAAGACAUACACUUCCAAUUCGAACGGAAGCUCCGUCCCUUCUUCUAGUGAAACAACUACGACCGUAACAUCUUCGAAUGUUGGUCAGUCCACGGUUUCUUCUGAUCCUGUUGUUGAAGUAACUCAGGGUAGCUCUUCAAAUGACAAUGGAAGCUCGGGAAAAUCGUCAUCAACUUCGACAACAACGACAACCACCACUUCCUCCGAUGAAGUCGAUCCUAUUUCUCAGGUAACUGUGGGUGGCUCUAAGAGUUCAGGCAAGAAAGUCAAGACAUCGAAGACAACGAACACAAGCACGACCACUAAGGGAAGCAAAAAAUCGCACUCUUCAAGAAAAGGAAGAAAAUCGACUACUACCACCACGAAAGUCACAAAGACAUACACUUCCAAUUCGAACGGAAGCUCCGUCCCUUCUUCUAGUGAAACAACUACGACCGUAACAUCUUCGAAUGUUGGUCAGUCCACGGUUUCUUCUGAUCCUGUUGUUGAAGUAACUCAGGGUAGCUCUUCAAAUGACAAUGGAAGCUCGGGAAAAUCGUCAUCAACUUCGACAACAUCGACAACCACCACUUCCUCCGAUGAAGUCGAUCCUAUUUCUCAGGUAACUGUGGGUGGCUCUAAGAGUUCAGGAAAGAAAGUCAAGACAUCGAAGACUACCAACACAAGCACAACCACUAAGGGAAGCAAAAAAUCGCACUCUUCAAGAAAAGGAGGAAAAUCGACUACUACCACCACGAAAACCAUAAAGACAUUCACUUCCAAUUCGAACGGAAGUUCUGUCCCUUCUUCUAGUGAAACAACUACGAUCGUAACAUCUUCGAAUGAUGGUCAGUCCACGGUUUCUUCUGAUCCUGUUGUUGAAGUAAUUCAAGGUAGCUCUUCAUUUGACAAUGGAAGCUCGGGAAAAUCGUCAUCAACUUCGACAACAACGACAACCACAUCUUCUUCUGACGGACAAUCAACCAUUUUGUCCGAUCCUGUUGUUAAAGUUGAUCUGAGUGGCUCUGUGGGUAAUGGCCGAACUGUCAAGUCUUCAAAGACAACGACUACAAGCACAACCACUAGUGGAGGUGAAGGUUUGAAUUCCGCAUCCAAAAAUGGAAAAUCAAGCUCAACAACAACGAAAACCACAAAAACAUACUCGACGGAUGCCUUAGUCGUACCGAAAUCGAACGGAAAAUCUAGUUCUAGCUCCACUACAACAACUACAACUGUUACCUCGAGCUCUUUCUCUGCACCAAAAACUGAAACCACAUACUCCAGUUCCAGCUCAUCGCAUCCUGGCUCCGGAAACUCUUGGACCAAGCGGACGACAUCGACAACCACCACAAAAAGUGGCGACAACGGCAACAAUGGAGCAGACUCAUCUAGUUCCUGGUCGAAGCUGAUCAAGGGAUCCACUUCAGGUUCCUUGCAAGGUGGUGAGGCUAGUGGUAGUUUGUCUAUUGUAGGUCCCGGUGGAUCUGAUGGCUCUCAGUCAUGGUCCCAGCGAUCGUCAUUCUCCAGUGAAGGCUCCCAGGGACCUUCGGGCAUCCAAAUCCGCUUCGGCCAAGGCCAGAACAGCCAGGACGAACAGUCGCAGAACUCGCAAUCCUGGACGGGUAGGUCCGCUGAAGGCAGUGAUAAUACUGACGGUGCUGCCGCCAUCGAGAAUGGACAGAAUAUUGGAGUCUCAGCUGGUUCCGGCGAAGCAGGUGCCGUGCAAGGAGGAUCCGUGGGUGGCCAGUAUCCCUACUGGGGAUGGGGCAACCGUUGGAUGGGCGUGGGAGCCAGGCCCAAUUGGCGAUAUAGCUGGAGUCCCUAUAGAACCACUUGGGGUGGCUGGACCAAUCGUUAUUAAAACUGGUCCAUUAGGUUGAGGGUUGAGACCGCAAUGAUAGGAUUUGAGUUGAAACGAUUGUAAAAUAUAUUCAUUUGAUUAUUAAAA